UGAUUGUGUCUAGCACAUGUUACGCCUCUUUGUGGUCUCCAUGUGAACACUGGGAUCCGAGGCCACAUGACAGCAGCAUCCGUUCUGAGAAGGAGAGGCUCAGUGGGGGAAAUCACUUAACUACUAAAAUAAACAUGUUUGUGGCUCGUAGCAUUGCAGCAGAUCACAAAGAUCUAAUCCACGAUGUUUCCUACGAUUUUCACGGCCGGAGAAUGGCAACGUGUUCAAGUGACCAAAGUGUCAAGGUUUGGGACAAGAGUGAAAGUGGGGAGUGGCACUGCACUGCCAGCUGGAAGACACACAGCGGGUCAGUAUGGAGGGUGACAUGGGCCCACCCUGAGUUUGGACAGGUGCUGGCCUCCUGCUCCUUUGACCGAACAGCCGCUGUGUGGGAGGAGAUAGUUGGGGAGUCUAAUGAUAAACAGAGGGGGCAGAGCCACUGGAUAAAGAGGACCACUCUGGUGGACAGCAGGACAUCGGUGACGGACGUGAAGUUUGCUCCUAAACACAUGGGUCUGAUGCUGACCACGUGCUCAGCAGACGGGGUGGUGAGGGUCUACGAGGCUCCAGACGUGAUGAACCUCAGCCAGUGGUCCCUGCAGCACGAGAUCUCCUGUAAACUCAGCUGCUCCUGUAUCUCCUGGAACCCCUCCAGGUCAGCUUCACUGAGUCCAUAGAUUUAGCUGGGGUCCCCGGGGAGCUCACCUUCAGCUGUCAGUCCUAGUUACAUUAUCAUGUAUAAUGAAAACACUAGGAAAUAUGCGAAAGCCGAGACAUUGAUGACGGUGACUGAUGCGGUGCACGACAUAGCCUUCUCCCCGAACCUGGGGCGGUCCUUCCACGUGCUCGCCAUAGCAACCAAAGAUGUUCGGAUCUUUAAGUUGGUACCUUUGCGGAAGGAGAGCAGCUCAACAGGCCCUACUAAAUUUGAGGUUCAGAUCGUGGCCCAGUUCGACAACCACAACUCCCAGGUGUGGAGAGUCUCCUGGAACAUCACGAGCACCUUGCUGGCCUCCUCAGGAGACGACGGCUGUGUCCGACUUUGGAAAGCCAACUAUAUGGACAACUGGAAGUGUACAGGCAUCCUGAAGGGAGACGGAAGUCCGGUCAACGGGUCGUCAGGACAACCCGGUGCCAUGAAUACCAUGGUGGGGUCCACUGUCCAGACCUCCCAGAAUGCACUGAACGGCUCUGCUGCAGGAAGGUAUUUCUUCCCCCCUCUGGAUGCCCCCAGGGCAGGGUCCAGGUACGGCCACCUGCUGCCCCCCCCUUCUCUGAUAGAGCACUCUGAUGCCCAGUUCAGCCCCCACAGCCAGCUCCCCCAGUCCACCAUGGCCAUCCAUGGCCAGCCCCCCCAAUCCCCUCUGUCCCUGCACAGACUGUACUCACACUCUAGAGCCCUCAACACCCUGCCUGAACACGACUGACCCUGUAGAGCCCUCAACACCCUGCCUGAACACAGCUGACCCUCUAGAGCUCUCAACACUGACCCUGCCUGAACACAGCUGACCCUCUAGAGCCCUCAACACCCUGCCUGAACACAGCUGACCCUCUAGAGCCCUCAACACCCUGCCUGAACACAGCUGACCCUCUAGAGCUCUCAACACUGACCCUGCCUGAACACAGCUGACCCUCUAGAGCCCUCAACACCCUGCCUGAACACAGCUGACCCUCUAGAGCCCUCAACACCCUGCCUGAACACGGCUGACCCUCUAGAGCCCUCAACACCCUGCCUGAACACGGCUGACCCUCUAGAGCCCUC